AAAAUAUGUUUUAAUAAGAGGAGGGAAUCUCGUUGGCUGUUCCGUGUGAGUAUGACCGAGGAGCAGAAGCGUGAGAAGAAGGAAAAAAUUGAAGAAAUGAAGGAGGAGGAGGAACCCAAGAGUUUAUUUGGUAAAAUAAAAUACUACUUGAAACGUUACUGGUAUAUCGCAGUGCCUGCUCAUAUUGCCAGCAGUGUCCUUUGGCUCGGUAGCCUGUAUGCUGUUGUCAAGUGUGGUGUCGAUGUAGUGGCUUUUCUUCGGUUCAUACAUACUCCGGCGUUGGUUGCCACACCAUUUCGUUACAUGACUACGCUAGUGUUUAUACAAGCAGCGUUCUGGACACUAAGAAGAAUGGGCAAGCUACAAACCGCUCGUGAAGUGGAAUUCAAGGUUGGUGUGUAA